AUGACUAUGUCAAAGCGUAAAGUGCAAUUAAAAGGUGCACUUGGAUCAUUGGCCAAAAAGCGAGAGAUAGAUCUGCGCACAAAACUUAUUAAUGAAAUAACCAACCAUUUAAACAAAAUUUCUAUUAAAGAACUUCAAAUUAUACACAAUAAAGUCUUUAAUAACUCAAACAUUAAUACUCUCACAUAUAAUAAAAUAAUUCAUACUCUUAAUGUUAUGCCCGAAACAGAUCUUAAAUCGACAUCUCAUCUUUUGCGUACUAUGAAAUAUUCACAUGGAAAGAAUAAAAACCAAAUUAUUUCUUCUUAUAUUCAAAAAAAGGCAUCUAAUUAUGUAUCUGACUCUCUUUACAAGCCUGAAAAAUCGAUACAUGCAUUAAGUCAUAAUAACUCAAACAGAAAAUUCAAAAAUUACAAGUCUAAGAACCAUGUAAUUUAUAAAAUUCGAAAACUUAAUAGUUCAGUUGCACAAUUUAAGCGCAAGCAUUGCCAACACAUAUCCCGAAUUCGUGUCAUGGCAAGACAUCCACCAGAGUUAAAAGAUGAUGAUAUAAAAACU